CGUCUACGUGAGUACACGUUUAUUUGAGAGCUCUCUGAUAAGUGCAGAUAUUAUUAAAUUACCACCCCUCUAAGUUAUCUAGCUGCCCUCAUCCAUCUCCACAUAUAUUACAAGUAGUAUCUCGGAGAACAUACCUUAACCACUUUUUCCUUCGCUGUUAGUCAAUGAAUGGGAAGAGAAACCCUGAACUCACUGCAUGGAUAGGUGAGGUUAUGUUACUCUGGAAGGAUUAGAAUGAGAUGAACUUCCCCACCUCACCCGAUAGGGCAUGCAAGGUUUCAACCUGCGAGUUAAGAAGUGUUUUCCAGCCGAAGAAUAAAAGGAGCCCGAAAAUUGAGAGAGAAGAAAUAUUGGUAGUUUAGUAUACUUUGUAAUUGACAUGACGCGAUUGAUUCGGAUAUUUAAUAUGAUAUGUAAAUACGCCUUAAUACUUUUACCAACUUAUUAUAACCAUUAAAACUCUACCUUAUUAUGGUGUCGACUUUAAACUGAGAUCGUCUGAUUAUUUGUCCCGCUCCAAAAUUAUCCACUGACAUCUGGUCAUGGGUCAGCACGAAAAAAUUUAAAAAUUUCGUUGAAACAAUUAUCAAAAAUUUAUAUGGUAAAUGAAUUAAAUAUUUCUAUAUUAAAUUGAAAAUUAUAGGAGUUGUGGGAAAUUGAAGGUAUUGGUAUCCAAACUAACCUAACACAUUAAAAUGAGUACACCAAACUCCAGCAAAGAUUUUUUGCAAAAUAUUGAACGACUUCGAGGUAGAGAUAAUUAUUCAACAUGGAAAUUUGCUAUGAAAAUGUAUCUCGAAAUGGAGGAUUUAUGGGGUUGUAUCCAGGGUACUGAGUCCUACAUCGCUGAUGAACGAAAAAUGACACGUGCUCGAACCAAAAUUGCACUGUCACUCGAUCCAGUCAAUUACGUGCACGUAGAAGAGGCUACCACACCAAAACAAGCCUGGGAAAAUUUACAAUCUACGUUUGAUGAUGCAGGACUAGCAAGGAAAGUUGGAUUACUGAGAGAAUUGACGACAGCAUCGCUAGAAAAAAGUUCUUCUGUUGAGGACUAUGUUAACAAGGUAAUCAAUACUGCUCAUAAACUCCGUGGAGUUGGAUUUACUGUACAAGAGGAUUGGUUAGGUACACUAUUAUUAGCUGGAUUACCAGAAGAUUAUAAACCAAUGAUUAUGGCAAUAGAAAAUUCUGGGAUAAGAAUUAGUGCUGAUUCAAUAAAAACUAGAUUUUUACAAGAUGUUAAAGAUCCAAAAUCAAAUAAUAAAUCUGAUGAAUCAGCAUUAUAUUCAAGAGGCCAUAACACAAGAAGAAAAUUUGGUCCACGUUGUUAUAAUUGUGAUAAAGUCGGUCAUUUGACAAAUAAUUGUCGUUAUGGAAAACAUGAAAAUAAUAGAUCUCACAAAAAUCAUAGAAAUGAGAACAGAAAUCAAAACAAUUACAAUAAUAACAACCCAAAUAAUAAUAUUAACAACAAAAAAGUUAUGUUUGCAUUAUGUGCUGCUAAAAAUUUAUCAAAUGUAGACUGGAUUAUUGAUUCUGGAGCAUCAACUCAUAUUUCACCUGAGAGAAAUUUUUUCCAAAAUUUUAAAAGAAAGGAUCUAGCCGUUAUCGUCACAGCUGACGAAUCAAUUUUGCAUGCUGAGGGAGUUGGCGACAUCGAAAUUCCAGUGUCUACAAAUGGAAAUGUAGUGCAUUUAUUGGUGAAAGACGUUCUUUACGUUCCUAAAGCAGCAACAAAUUUGUUAUCAAUUAAUAAUACAAGCAAUCAACUGAUAGCUAUUGCCAAAGAAUCAUGUGGAAUUUACAAAUUAGAAGUCGACAGAAAAUUAAUAUACCACAUUUCUCAGUCUGAUGAUAAAACAUUAUGGCACCGAAGACUAGGACACAUGAAUUCGAGUUAUAUGAAACUACUGAAGGACGUUUUAGCAACUGGAGUGAAAUACGUCGAAUCAUCGAAGUUUGAGACGUUCGAAGAAAGUAUUACAGUUGAUACACGCUGA